AUGGACCAUUCACCUAUCUCACCAGCGGAAAACACCGACCAGAGUCUUUCACCUUCAUUGCAUCCUGGCAGAGACCACGUCGCUGAUGCAGACAUUUCUCAUUCACGCAAGCGACCUCGUCUGAGCGACGAGCCCGACUCGCCAUCUCACACAAACGGACCAUCUUCCCACCUCUCCGAUACUCAGAUCACCUCGGGCACUGGAAGCCCAACCAUCCUUGAAUUUCCUCAGGAACAGUCCACUGAUCCGUCUGAAAUUUCUAUCAUCAUGACUGGGGAUGAGGUGGCUGCCGAUGCACACCUCGGUAGCUUUCCGUUUCUUAUCGAUCAAGACGAGACCCCUGAAAGCGCUGCCAUCAGAUUCGCGGAGCAUUGUCACCGCAGGAAUGCUCCUGCACUAUUACACAUACAUAACCUUGUUACCUGGCUUGACGGUCAUCUGCGCGACACUCAAGACGAGUUUGAUGCCGCUCUGAACCAUGGCACAGCCUCGUCUGCGUUGUUCGAUUUGUAUUCGGACAAUGCUACUUUCUGGGAUCGAGUAGUGUUCUGCUUUAAUGGCUUGAUCGGACGUCGCUCUCUUGGCUCUGACGAGGGACUUACCUCAGGCGAUGCUUACGGUUUCUUUGAGGCCAUACUCGACAAACUGCUCAAACUGGGCGAAAGGCUCCUACACACCGAAGUAGCUAUCUUGAAGCAGCGCGAGGCUCGCAGGGAUUCGACAAGCUCACCUACCCCUAACGAUUCGCCGAAGCAUUCGUUACAAUUCAUGUCGUGGGUGGAUACUUUCAUCCAAAUGGCUGUUAGCCCGAAGGAAUUUCUUGAACCCAUGUCGUCGGCCUAUCGCUUCAAUAUCAAGUCUUUGCUGAAAAAAAGCAUUGAUGGCUUUCAACAAUGUGCUAUGGAUGCUGUCCUGACACUCAUCGAGCACAUCGCCUCACGGUCGCAUAACAUCAUGUCACCUUUUGCCACAGCAUUCCAGUACAUCAACCUCUGUCACCAUGUCCUGCUUUCCAGUCCCACCAACGUUGACGGCGACCUCACACGUUACCUCCGCAAGUCAACCAAGUUGUUUGAACUUGUCUAUACCAUGACAACUCAGAACUUGCCUAAGCAACAUCUUGACGACCAAUCGCAACGCGUCAUCGAAAAUCUCCUUCAGUUCCUGGCAGAUAUGCUGCGCUCUCUGUAUGGCACAAAGCAUCUUCCUCCAGAGGCUGUUUAUGACAUGAUCAUGAAAGAAACUGUGGAAUAUCGUAUCGUGCAGCAAGAUUUGCUGGAUUCUUCUCAGGAUAAUGCUUCUGCUGCCACAAAUGAGUCUGGGGUACACGACAGCAUGAAAAUCUCUCUGCUCAGAGAAGACCUGCUAGAUGUGGCACUCCUCGCGUGCUCCUUGAACUUCUUCGACGCCCUCAUGCGAAGCAGCAGUAUGGACUUACGCAACCGCGCGACUGAACAAAUGGGGACUGUCGUCUGGGACAUGCACGUGAACAAGCGAAAUCUUUCACCAGGCUACCAUCGCCUGGUGCAAGAUUAUAUGGCCAAAUUCAUUUUGUCAAAGGACGUUCUGGGUUACCUUUGGGGACCUCAGUCGCAUGCCACAUUGAUAGGCAGAUCUCUGACUAUUGUUGUGUUCAUGGCUACUACAGGCAAGCUUACCAAACACAUUGCAGACAAGGUAUGGGCCGUAUCCUUCAACACUCAACAGCCAGAUGAAUCACAAAGCGCCAUGAAGGUGCUUCGGUAUCUUCCAACCUGGUCAUCUUCUCUUGCCAAAGGAUACUUCUGCAACAAAUUCAGAGACCUCCCACUUUCACGAUUCACCAGAGAAGCAGAAGAACUCUUCCGCGACCUCACAAUGGAGUUCUUGAGAACCGCAACCAAUGGUCAAUAUGAAGCAAUUCACAUCUGCAUUCACAUACUAGCCAAGAUCGAACACUCACACAUCCCACCGCUAAAGCAGGAUCAACUCUUGAUGGCUUUUGCAAACCUUCUUCUACGGAUCCCAUCUCCUCAAGUUCCACAGGAGGGCCUUCGUCUUGUCGAGAUGUGUGCUACUCCCAUCGCAUCAAUGUCUGAUGAUGCCACUGGCUACGUUCAGGCAUUAAUAUGCAUUGUCAAGCAGCCAAACUUCUCUGUUCCACCAUCUGAAAUAUGGUCGCGACUGCCAUUCUUCCGAUGCGUCGAUGAGCUGCUCAAGUAUCUCGGGAGCACAAAGACUGAUGCCAAAUCCUUUGCUUCGGGUGCGUUGUGGACUCGUCUGGACCUCAUCACCUAUGUUGUCUCAAUCUCUGACCCAAUGGCUUUUGGGGGGCCCAUCUUCGCGGCUGCGGAGAAGUCGCUCUGGCAGCAUGUCUUAGGCGAACAUGCCUUGACACCCCACCUGCGCGAUGUGGGAUGGCAUUUCUUCGUCGCCUCUUUCCAAUCCAAUAAGCCGGGGCUCCAAGCGUUCUACGAUCGGUUCAUCGACCAACACUUACCUGGCCUCUCGCCAGACCUCGCGACGCCCGAAACUAUCAACUUCUUCAAGGUUCAGUACGCACUCCAAGACUCCGAUUUGACCGAGUUAUUGCCUCUGGGCGAGCAGUUGAUCAGGUUUGCGCUUGAAAUUCCAUCAGAGAAAAUCGCGCAUGAUUUCAAGGUGCUGCUCAUGAACAGUCUGGUCAGAGGCAAGGCAAUCAAACACCCUGACUUGGCCGUCGAAAACCAGAUCUUGGUAGUCAAAAAGCUUGUCGCACAAAUGACUCGGCAAGGAGUCUUUGCAACGAGGGCUGCGGAAAUGAUACUAGUUAUCUUGACCGAAUCAGCCCAGUUCCAAGAACUCCUUGAACGUUCAGGCCAAGCCACCUCUUGUCAACAUCAUCAAGCCGGGUCUGAAGUUGCGCAAGACAGUAUUCAAAUCCCAAUCCGCAUCCACAGAGGCAGUGAAAAGCCACAAACCAAGAUGGUGACAAUCAACAAGUCAGCGAGUUGUUCAGAGCUGAACGCUGCUAUCGCCACAGAGACUGGUUUCGCGAGUUACACUGUUGUUACUGCCGGAAAGAAGAUCAACUUUGCCGAGGAACCAGAACAAUCGAUAAUUCAGCGCGGCCUUCGAGCAGGCAAUGUUCUCAUCAUACAGAAGCACAACACGUUCCAGAGUAUCCAAGAAGAGGUCAGCAGGAGCGCAGAAAAGUCGAUCAUUCAAGGAGAGAUCGUAUCACAUCUAGACGUCUUGUAUGGCAUUCUCGAUGGUACGGGCACGAAGGCGCAGCUUGUCCUACAGAUUCUCGAGUUUCUCAAGUUCCCCGGUCCUAUAAGAGCCAUGAUUGCCACUCCGGAAACGCCCUUCGAACAGAUUUUCCCUCCUGGCGCAUCCUUGCGAUCGCGAGCCUCCAUCGAGGUUCUCUCUAUCCAGCUGAAGGAACAAGUCGCGCUCGGUGUUGCUGACGAGAAGUUCUUGCUUCGAGGAAUCCAUCUGCUCGUGGACUUGUUGUGCCGUACCGAUAUUCUGCAAGAAGUCACAGAUGUUCUCCGCGCAGCAGAAACUUUGACUGAAUUGCUUAAAGAGCGGCCUGUCAACGACGUCACUGAGCAGUACUUUGAAGACGCUGUCAAGUUCACAGGUCGGGUCAUUUGCUCCAUUGGACAGUUUCUGAGAGAGACUACAGUCGGCCGUGAUACUACGAAGCACCUUGCAAUUCGGGCGCUAUACCAGUGCUUGUUGGAAAGUGUUCUUCUGAGCGAUUCUGUCUGCGCGGCCUUCGUUGCUGCGGAUAGUAUUGUCCCGAUCCAUCUAUCGCUUCUUCUCACUAGUAGCGAUCAUCUUCGAGCUACAAUUCCCAGAUCCAUCAUGAACGCUAUCCAGGAUGUGAGAGCUUCUUACGACCUUAAAGCAUUCUUUUCCAAGUUCGCUUUGGAGCAUCUCGUACCUACAGCUUUGGAAUACCCAGCCAUCUGCGACAACGCAUUCCUAGUGAGUCUUCAGGCGAUAUCUGCGGACCGAAGCUUGACCGCCGAUGAAGCACUCUUGAGGACCUUGAUUGAUAGGCUUGUCAAGCUUCUACUCAACAUGAGCCACCUCGAGCGCUUCGGCGACUGCUUUGUCGACAAGAGAGUGCCAGGCUUAAUUUCGUUGAUACGAUACUGUGCCCAAACUCUUGCAUCACAGAAUAAACCAUUGGGCCUAGGGGAUGUCCCUUCGCAGAUCUUCAAGUCCUUGCUUUUUCCAAUUCUCAAGACGGACAAGAGUGUACAGCCUAUUAUUGCUUCCGAAACUCGCAAUAGCGUAUACGAUCUUCUUCGGUUGAUGUGCGACAACGUCCAAACACUGGAAGAUCUGACUGAAGAUUGUGAAAAGAUUGCUGGUUUCUGCACAAAUGAUCCGAGCUUCAAUUUUCCUGGUCCUGAAAAAUACAUUCGAAGAGAAGGCAACUAUGCAGGCUUGGCCAAUCUCAGCCAGACAUGUUAUUUCAACUCUCUACUGCAACAGCUCUUCAUGAAUGUUCGAUUCCGAAAAUUCAUCUUUGACACGCUGGUGAUCGACUCAAAGAAGCAGGCAGUCCUUGUCGAACUCAAGCUAGCCUUUGCCUACAUGCAGGACAGCUACGAUAUCUUUUACCAACCCGAUGGACUUACCAAAGCUUUGAACAUAGACAUUACUGUCCAAGAUGAUGCUCACAUUUUCUUCAUGACCUUGAUCGGCCAGCUUGAAGAGAGCAUGCCUGAUGACGAAGCAAAGAAUGCCUUGAAAGCAUUCUUCCGUGGUGUCAACAAGUCACAAACUAUUGGCAGCUGCAAGCAUGUUUCCGAAAGCACAGAUGAGUACUUCAAUUUGUCUUUGGUUGUAAAAGACAAAGUAUCGCUUGAAGAGAGCUUGGAAGAGUAUACCAAAGGAGCCACUCUUGAAGGGAGUGAUAAAUUCAGGUGCACCACCUGUGGUUCGGGUGAGGGCGUAUCCGUUGAUGCUGUUCGGAGAACUGCCCUUGAGCACAUCCCUGACAAUCUAGUCUUGGGUUUGAGACGUUUCCGCUACGAAACCUACGAUGGCGGCCAGAAGGUCAACGAUAGAUUCGACUUUCCAGAAUUUAUCGACAUGAGCAAGUACAAGCUCAACCGUCUCGCAGGCAUCGAAGGGCCUAGCGAGUCCGAUGUCUUCCAACUCGUGGGCGUGGUCGUACAUUCAGGCAUCUUAUCAUUUGGACAUUACUGGUCAUACGCUGCUGAGCGUGGAAAUAGUGGUUCGAGGCCUCUACGCUGGUAUUGCCUCGAGGACAAGAAUGUCGAACCUUCGAGCAUCGAGCAUGUGCUUCGCGAGACUCGUGGCGGACCAGUUCCCACUUUGAUGACAUCCAUCCAAGGCCCCCAAUCCCCGCGUCUUCGGUCGGACAAUGCAUAUGUGUUGUUCUACCAACGCGUGUCGUCGAUCACUGAAUUUGCACAGUGCCUUGCUACAAGCACGCCUGCGCUUCCUUUUACAGCACACACCAAGGUCCGCUUGCCCACAGACCUUGAGACUCAGAUCACCAAGGAGAACCAGCAGAAGAUGUUCAUUUUUCAUCUGUUCUCCUUGACUCAUCUCGAAUUUGUCCGCGGUCUGGUCGGAAAGUUGGGAACGUUCAAGAAUGUCGAUGCCUCCGCAACCAGCAGGGCGACAAACAAGCUCAUGUCGAUGCUCUUGGAAUACUACACUCGCGUUGUUGCAAAUUUCGACAACGGUUACUCUCCUCAAUCUAUCGAAUUUACUCCAGUCUUGCUUCAGAAACUCGCAUGCAGUGGCAAGGAUUCUGCACGUUGGAUGCUGAUGGCUUUACUUCCUCAAAGAAGCGAGAAGGACAAGUCCAAAAGCCUUAUCUUGCAUCACAAACGUGCAGUCCGUGUCGCUAUGAAGCGCCUAGUUCUGGCUUGUUUCAGAUACCUUCGCGAGCACGAUUCGACUUUCCUUAACAUGAAGGACGAACAUGAUUCCGAAGGCAAUUUCGGCUCCAUGGUGGAUGCCAUCCACGGCCUGAUCGAUCUUCUUCCCCGUGUUGUUGAGCGUCCCCAAAUCGUCUGGGAGGAUUACUUUGAGCUUGUGCGCCAUGUCGCAGAGCUUGGUCCCGACGAAACGUUUGUGCUGCUCGAACAAGACGUUCUCAAGUGGUGCCUGGAAGUUUUACUCAUCAAAGAAAUGACAGAGUUGCAGAAGGAGUAUCCAGACGUGAUGAAGUUGAUUGUCGACAAUCCUCGCUGGCUGAACCAUGCCGCACUGGUCAACUGCAUAUACGGCCUACUGCACAAGUUUGUCGAUCUUCGUGGUUCCGCUGCACUUGAUACCAAUAGCCGAUGGACAGACGCACAGAUGCUGUUGUUGACUGAUGAAGAGCACGAAUACUUGGUUCACCGCUCUACUACUGCGAGCAACUGGCUUAUAGAGCUCUGUAUGCAAGGAAUACCGCUGACCAGGAGGAGCAACUGGAGUGAGGCGCCCACAAUCCGCCUCAUCGUGCUGCUUACCGACGCCGACAGAGUCUCUUCCGAACUCUAUGAUGAAGCAAUCCGGGCGCUCACCAUCAAUCUGAAAUGUUGCAGAGAAGAUGACUCAGUCGCAGAGUCUGUUCUAUCCUGCCUACUCGAGCGGAAGUUGAAGUCGAAGACUGAAGAAGACAUCUUCCAAGAGAUCAAAUCAGUCCUUGGUCGCGAGGCUGUGCAACAAAACCACCCAUGCGUCUGGAGCAUAGUGUUCGUUGUAACACAAGUCUACAAGACUCAUCCACAGAUGAUCAUGCAUCACCUGGCCACCAUUCUUCGUAUUCUCUUGGAUUACAAUGAUCGUACCGUGGAGAGAGAGGCCCGGGACGUGUUGAGGAACGACAUCUUGGUUCAAGAAGUGCUUACCAAACCUUAUGCUGUGGAUCACAUUCAACUCCUCCGCAACAAAGUACAUGCUGUGAAGGAACUGUUCGCAGGCCUCGGUGGUUUGUUAGAUGAGGCCAUUCAAAAAAGUAUGUCAAGCAGCGCUUACGAAUACACCGCUGAUGCCUAUCUUGACUGCGGCAAUUACUUGGAUCUCGUGUUCUCAAGCCAUGAUGCUGAACAGGAAGAAUGGCUGAAGAGCGAGGCACCUGACACCGAAGCCGGCACCGAGCUUGAUACUGUUGUGCAAGAGUUGUUCAACGAAAUCGGCAGUAUCAAUAACCUUCUGGGCAUACAUGUGAAGCUUCGCCACCAGGUUCGUGAGUGGCAGGACGAGUACUCUGUCUCGGAUGUGCCUUCAAACAGCAAUGUUGUUGAGAUUGAAGAUGAUUCAGACAAUGAAGCCGUGGCUUCCGACGAUUCGCUGAGUGACGCUGCGGAUUUCGACGAAUGA